UGAGUCUCAGACUACUGCUUGCCAUGGCCACGAAGGUAGACAGCAGGCCAGGGGGCCUCCCUGGCAGUAGCUGUGACGUAGGCAUGGCUCGAGAGCAUACGCAAGCCGUCACUCGCAACUACAUCACCCACCCCCGCAUCACCUACAGGACCGUGUGCAGUGUCAAUGGGCCUCUGGUGGUGCUGGACCAGGUCAAGUUUGCACAGUAUGCAGAGAUUGUGAACUUCACCCUCCCGGAUGGGACUCAGAGGAGUGGCCAAGUGCUUGAGGUGGCUGGGACCAAAGCCAUUGUUCAGGUGUUUGAAGGGACCUCUGGAAUUGAUGCCCAGAAGACAACUUGUGAAUUCACAGGGGACAUCUUACGGACUCCAGUGUCAGAGGACAUGCUGGGUCGAGUUUUCAAUGGCUCUGGCAAACCCAUUGACAAAGGGCCAGUGGUCAUGGCGGAGGAAUUUCUGGACAUCAAUGGCCAGCCCAUCAAUCCCCAUGACCGCAUCUACCCAGAGGAGAUGAUUCAGACAGGCCUCUCUCCCAUUGAUGUCAUGAACAGCAUUGCACGUGGUCAGAAGAUCCCCAUCUUCUCUGCAGCAGGGCUCCCUCACAAUGAGAUUGCUGCCCAGAUCUGCCGCCAGGCUGGGCUGGUGAAGAAAUCCAAGGCAGUGCUUGAUUAUCAUGAGGACAACUUCGCCAUUGUCUUUGCAGCUAUGGGGGUGAACAUGGAGACAGCCAGGUUCUUCAAGUCAGACUUUGAGCAGAAUGGAACCAUGGGAAACGUCUGUCUCUUUCUGAACUUGGCCAAUGACCCCACGAUUGAGCGGAUCAUCACCCCACGCCUGGCACUAACCACUGCCGAAUUCCUUGCCUACCAGUGUGAGAAGCACGUGCUGGUCAUCUUGACGGACAUGAGUUCCUACGCAGAAGCCUUGCGGGAGGUCUCAGCUGCCAGAGAGGAGGUGCCCGGCCGCAGAGGCUUCCCAGGAUACAUGUACACAGACCUGGCGACCAUCUAUGAGAGAGCAGGCCGCGUGGAGGGCCGAGGAGGAUCCAUCACACAGAUACCCAUCCUCACCAUGCCCAAUGAUGAUAUCACCCACCCCAUCCCAGACUUGACAGGCUUCAUCACAGAAGGACAGAUCUACGUGGACAGACAGUUAUAUAACCGGCAGAUCUACCCGCCCAUCAACGUGCUCCCGUCCCUGUCAAGGCUGAUGAAAUCCGCCAUUGGGGAGGGCAUGACGAGGAAGGACCACGGCGACGUCUCUAACCAGUUGUACGCCUGCUACGCCAUCGGGAAGGACGUGCAGGCCAUGAAGGCCGUGGUUGGGGAGGAAGCGCUCACCUCCGAAGACCUGCUCUACCUGGAAUUCCUGCAGAAGUUCGAGAGGAACUUCAUCAACCAGGGUUCCUACGAGAACCGCUCGGUGUUCGAAUCUCUGGACCUGGGCUGGAAGCUGCUGCGCAUCUUCCCCAAGGAGAUGCUGAAGCGCAUCCCGCAGAGCGUGAUCGAAGAGUUCUACUCCCGCGAGGGGCCUGCGCAGGACCCCGCGGCCGACACGGCGCUCUAGCCGGCGCGGUGCUCCUCCGCGAGGUCCGGGACCGAGCUCUCCCAGCCCUCCGGGACCUGCCGCCCGGAUCCUCCAUCUCCCCAUCUCCCGCUCGCAC